UCGUAAACAAAUUCAAGAGAGCCGCCAUUAGUCACGUGGUUUUAUUUAAAACAAAAUAUAAACAGGCGGGCUUUGGCGGGAGACUUCAGACUUGUUUCCAACUUCUGGAAUUGAAAGGUGGAACAAUUUGGAAUGGCAAAAAGAUCUUUUCCUUUCAACCAUUGUCCACCUGUACAAUUAAAGACGCAUGUUCAAACUAAGCAUGUUAACAACAACGAAGCCUCUUUGAAAAAAAUCUACGAUAAAACACAAUCUAUGUUAAAAGCUGGAGCCAGGGCUUAUGAUAAAAAUCUAUCAAAUGGUAAUACUGCUCAAGUCAAGUGGACAAGUAUUUGCCAAUAUUGUAAAGGAUCCAACGAUUCAAAGGAAAUGACAAAAUGUUUCUUUUGUGAGAAGGAUAUCUGUGUGUACUGUUACAAUUUCUGUUUCAAGUGUGAGCAACAUUUUUGUCCACUGUGUUCAAUAAUAAGUUAUAAUGAUCAUAAAGAGAAAUCAUAUUGUUUGUCAUGUCACCAUCUAGCUAAAAUGUAAAUGUUACACAUGGUUAUCAAGUUAUUAUAAAUAUUUAGACUAUACAGGGACUUUAAUUAAAGAAUGGAUUUUAUUAUUUA